AUUUUGUUGCACCCCAUUAAUUCAUCCUUCUUUUUUAUGGGUUUUGCGUUUUCAAAAAAUUAGUUGAAAAAAGGGUGAAUGGACUUAAAAAUUUCGACUCAGUGGGUGUGAAAACAUCAGGAAUAGCAUUUAUUCUUGCAUUGGCCGAUCGGACCCAUUGAAGAUAUCAGUUUGAGCUUUGAGGCUGUUCUGCUGUUUCCAACUUGUGACCCCAAUUAAAUGUUGGCCUCAAUUUUUUUUAUACAAGUUGAUAUUAAAAACACAGUUUAGUCAUCUUAUCAAGAAUCAAUCAUCAAAGGCAAGAAAAAAAAAAUCUACAUAAUAUUAUAAGGUAAUAAAAGGAAACAAUAUGACUAGACAACACUGUAAACCCUAGAUUGGCUACCUUGUAACAUAUAUAUUAUGAAAUAGUUGCAUAUUCGCACCGAACAAUCUGGGGGGAAAGCUGUGAUGGAGCUGUGUAUAAAUAAAUUAUAGAGACCAAGGGUGAAAAUGGUGAUAAAAAAUCAUGAAUUGGGUUGGUGAUGAUGGGGUGAUGAAGAAGAAGAUAAAAAGGGGGGGAGGAGGUAAAUGAACAGUGGAAGGGUGAAAGUGGUAAAGAUCAAAGUUGAAAAAAAUAUUAAAUUAACGGGGGUUGCGCGGUACUAGAGAACGGGACCGCAUUAAACCAUAGGGUCUAGCAGGGUGCCCAUUUCUUAUGUGGGUCAUAGCUUUCUCUCUCGAUGCUUAUAAGUGUUGUCUGUCAUUGGGAAAUGAUGAGGACAAAGUAUUUGGUUUGAUCAGGGAAAAUAGCUACUAGCAAUAGCAAGAAGCAACUCUCCCAAGGUGUAUGACCAGGCCCCUCCUUUCUUUCUUUCCUUGCUCAGCUAUGUGCUCUCUCACACUGUCUCAUCUUCGAAAAGCCCACACUCGCUUCAUCCAAUAAUAUUUCCUCAACAUUUCUCUUUGCAGUGAAAGAACAAAAAAAAAAAAAAAAAGAGGUACUUCCCAUUGGGUUUUUCUUCUGUUUUGCUCCCAGACAGAAGAAGCUGCUCCCAAUCCCUAAACAUCUCUCUCCAUUCAACACUUCCACUUCAAUUUUCUCUGUUUUGGCAGCAAACAACUACAACGCCCCCUGUUUUUUCCCUGUCUUAAAUUUUGCUUCCAAAUUAAACCCUCUUUUGGUCUCCGCUACCCCCAAUAUUACCACACACUGUCUCUCUCCCUAGUUAUAGUGUGCUUUUCCUCUGUACGUUUAAAGAAAGCAACCCGUGGCGGAGCUAGCAAUAUAGCUCUAGCGACUCUAAAUCACCACUAAGAAAAAAAAAUGACUGAGCCGCAAAGUUCAGAAACAGAGAGCAGCUCCAACUCAUUAUCUUCGCCUCCGCUAUCACCCUCAUCUCCAGGUUCAACUCAUUCACCUCCUAACUCGGUCCCUAGCACAACCACCACUCCAAAAGCUAAACCGGAAACCACCUCAGAUUCUAAUAAAAAGAUCAAGAGAAUGAGGGAUUCAAGCAAGCACCCAGUUUACCGCGGCGUCCGAAUGCGAAACUGGGGUAAAUGGGUGUCCGAAAUCCGCGAGCCACGCAAAAAAUCACGCAUUUGGCUCGGUACUUUCCCUACCCCUGAAAUGGCAGCUCGUGCACACGACGUGGCUGCUUUAAGCAUCAAAGGCAACUCAGCUAUUCUCAACUUCCCUGAACUCGCUAACUGUUUACCUCGACCCGUGUCUUUGGCACCCCGUGACGUCCAAGCUGCAGCUGCCAAAGCUGCCCAAAUGGACAAAUUUGACUCUCCAUCAUCAUCCACUUCCAGAUUGUCAUCGCCUUCAUCGCUUUCGUCUUUGGUUUCUCAGAUGGACUUGUCUUCAGGGUCAGACGAGUUAAGCGAGAUAGUGGAGCUGCCAAGUCUUGAGACAAGUUAUGACUCGGUUGAGUUGAAGAACGACUUUGUGUUUGUGGACUCAGUGGAUGGAUGGUUUUAUCCUCCACCUUGGCUUCAAAGCAUGGAAGAUUGUGGGUAUGUUUGUGAUCAGUUAGUAGUGCCGGAGGGCGUUUUACAAAAUGGCUUCGCAGAAGGUUUGCUAUGGGAUUAUUAGUGUUUUCUUUUCUUUUCUUGUUCUUUUCCUUUUUGUGUAUGUGAAUGUCGUGAGUGUGUAUUAUUUCUUUUCUUUUUUCUUUUUCCGGUUUUAAGCCCUUCUGCUUUUUCCUUGAACGGCUAAAACUGUCUUUUUUAUUUUUUGUUCUCUCUCUGUUUAUGUGAUAUGUUUCCCUUGUACAGCGUUUAGAAUGGGAAGGAAGAGGAAAGUGUCAUAAAUUUCUUCCCUUCUGGUUGGUACAAGCACGUCAAAGGCCUUAAAGCCUUUCUUUCUUUUCUCCCUCUGCUAAGAGACACCAUAACACAAGCUUGAAAUCAAGUUCAACAAUGAAAAUUCUAUGCCUGUUCUGUUAUUGAAAGAAAAUAUAAAUUUCUAUGAAAAUAUAGUAUGAUAAAAAAAAAAAAAAGUUGAGAGAGUUGAGACAGUACAACUGCAAAAUGCAGUUUGGAUAUAUGAUACAGGGCUUGUCAAACAUAGAGUAAGAAGGGGGGACCUGCCACUAAAAAGCUCUAAUUCUCCAUGUCAUGAAUGCUGAGGUUUGCUUUUGGCAGAUGCAUGCCAGAGGGUGAAAUACAGUGAAGUGUUAAAGUGACAAUUUUCCCCCAUUAGAGUAACAGUAUCUAUCUACGCUUUUCUACUUUUUAACUUUCCAUAAAUAUAUAUUCUCUUUUCUUUGCCCGUCAUAGAUGAACAGUAAGUAGUUGUGUUGUUCAGUCAGUUUCUGCUUGGAUUUUUGUUCUUCUUUAGAUUGAGUUCAAAAAUGGUGGCUAGAAUUGCCCUCGUGCAUGUAAUAGAAUAAUUGGAUUUUUUUUUUAAUUUCUCUUUCCGGAUAUUAGACAAAAUCAAAGCAAAAUUAUAUCUGUUCAUCCUUGGCAACGAAUAAUUAAGGAUGGAUGAUCCCAAUCCAAUCCUG